GCUGCGCUACGGAACGUCAAGUUUCGUGAAUUGUGAUAAAUUUCAUUCAAAUUAAAGUUUAAAAUAACAAUUUAAAUUGUUCACGAUGCCGGCUAGUACAUCGGACAUGGAGCCGUUAAGAGAAAAGGCCUUCCAGGAUUACAGAAAGAAACUCAUGGAGCAUAAGGAAGUCGAGUCACGACUCAAAGAAGGUCGUGACCAACUAAAAGAUUUGACCAAACAAUAUGACAAGAGUGAAAAUGACCUGAAAGCCCUACAAAGUGUUGGACAAAUAGUUGGAGAAGUCUUGAAACAGCUCACAGAAGAAAAAUUUAUUGUAAAAGCUACUAAUGGCCCUCGCUACGUUGUUGGCUGUCGUCGGCAACUUGACAAAAACAAGCUUAAAGGAGGAACACGAGUUGCCCUUGACAUGACCACUCUUACAAUAAUGAGACAUCUGCCUAGAGAGGUUGAUCCCCUAGUUUACAACAUGAGUCAUGAGGAUCCUGGUGAUGUGACCUAUUCCGCCAUAGGAGGUCUUCAAGAACAGAUUAGACAGCUGAGAGAGGUGAUUGAACUGCCCCUAAUGAACCCAGAGCUGUUUGUUCGAGUCGGUAUCACUCCACCCAAAGGAUGCUUGCUGUACGGACCUCCUGGUACAGGAAAGACUUUGCUCGCGAGGGCUGUGGCUUCACAGCUCGAUGCUAACUUUUUAAAGGUGGUGUCAUCGGCGAUUGUUGACAAGUACAUCGGUGAAUCGGCCCGCCUCAUCCGGGAGAUGUUCAACUACGCGCGGGACCACCAACCCUGCAUCAUAUUCAUGGACGAGAUCGAUGCCAUCGGUGGGAGACGUUUUUCCGAAGGUACGAGCGCCGAUCGAGAGAUCCAACGUACCCUAAUGGAGUUGUUGAACCAAAUGGAUGGUUUCGACUCCUUGGGACAGGUGAAGAUCAUCAUGGCCACCAACAGACCAGACACGCUGGACCCCGCUCUGCUGAGGCCCGGAAGAUUGGACAGGAAAAUCGAAAUACCCCUGCCCAAUGAACAGGCUAGAUUGGAAAUCUUGAAGAUCCACGCGUCGCCGAUCGCCAAGCACGGCGAGAUGGACUACGAGGCGGUUGUGAAGCUGUCGGACACGUUUAACGGCGCGGACCUGCGCAACGUCUGCACGGAGGCCGGACUCUUCGCCAUCAGGGCCGAGCGGGAGUACAUCAUACAGGAGGAUCUAAUGAAGGCCGUCCGUAAAGUAGCCGACAACAAAAAGCUGGAGAGCAAACUGGACUACAAGCCCGUCUGAUUUUAAAUUAUAAUUAUCAUGUGACUCAUUUAAGGGGCGCUAAGAAAAAAGUUUUAGAACCACUGGCUAAAUAGGUAAUUCAUUCGAUUCAAACUUCGCUUAAAUAAAUAUUAUGUGAACUAAAAUAAUUAGAACGCUAAAUUAAUACGCGUUAAAUUUAAACAACAAUGGGAUCUCGAAUUGUACACAUUGAUACAAAAUCGGUUUACUGAUAACAAAACUUAUAACAUUUAGGUCCCUAAAACUUGUGAAAUUUAUUUUAAUUGUAAUGUAAAGUAAGUAAAAUUUAAUGGCUUCUGCCUAAAUUAUGAAAGAUUUCUAUUACACGCCUUAAAUUAUCGAACAUGUGUUGAAAAAUGUUAUUUAGUCAUUGGUUCUCAAACUGUAAAUCACACCUUAAAUGUUUUACUGAUAAUUAUUUUAAGAAUGCAGUUUCAAUGAACAUUUGAAAUUCGAAGCACGAAAAUGCUGAUCAUUAGUGUUAAUCUUUGUUUUUUUAAACUAUACAUUAGAAAUAAAAAGCUUUCACAGUAUAUCUGUGCGCGAUUAAUGUGUAAAGAUGUGUAAUAAAAAAAAAUACAAGUU